AUGAGUGAAAUAUUAGCGUGUCGGAUUUGUUUAGCGUCUGAAGAUGUUAAACUUUCAACUUUAACUAAAUAUAAACUGGUGGAGGUGUAUGAAUUUAUUACUGGGUCGCCUAUAACUAUGGACGGCCUUCCUACCUACAUUUGUAUGUACUGCACAGCCCAACUACGGAAAUUUUCAUUGUUUAAGGAACUGUGUACACAAUCACAAGAGUUGCUUAAGUAUUUUCAUAAUGAUUUGAAAGAUAACAAGCUGACUGUAACAGAGCUUCGCAACAUAUCUCCAUGUAAUAGUAAUCAAUUUUCAAUACAUACAAACACACAAACAGUAGACAUAGAGUAUGCAGAACCAGUAAUAAAAGAGGAGAUACAGGAGGUAAAAGUGGAGUAUGAACCUAGGAAGAAGAGAAAGACAAAGGAAGUCUUCUUAAAGUUGGAUGAUGAUUUCCAUGAUGAUGCUGUGGAAAUAGAUGAUAAAAAAGACUAUGAUGAUUAUGAUGAUCUAAAUGUGGAAAUGGUUGUGCUCAGCAAAGAGCAGCAGGUAGCAGAAAUCGAAGCCAGGAAAUUAUCAGUGAACUAUCUAAACUCACUGUACAAAUGCGACAAGUGUUUUAAGGGAUUCAUUACUGAGUUAACUUUCAAGAACCACAUGGUUAGACAUGAUACUACUAGAGGCGAGCACAUAUGCGACGUGUGUUUAUGCGUGUGCGCAGAGGCGAAGACGUUGCGCGGGCACAUGAUAACUGCGCACGAACGGAAGUACAUAUGCAAGCUGUGCAGUUAUGUCUCGAGAUCUUUAAAUCGUGCGCGUGAGCAUAGCCAAUGGCACAAGGGAAGAACUUUUGACUGUAAGAUUUGCGGGGCGUCAUUUUCUAAGUCAACUAGUUUCCUUACCCAUACCCGACUGCAGCACCCCACGAACAACUCGUGUGACAUCUGCGGCGAGUCUUUUCUAGGGGAACUGGGGCUGAACCUGCACAAGAGGAAGGCCCACGCUGAUGUUGAUGAUGAGGUUUUGCUCAGAAUAACGUGUGAUGGCUGCGGUGUGAUUUUCGAAAGUAAGGACGCUCUGAAGCGACACUUGGAGUACUCAGUCAAUGGAGAGUGUGUUACUACCUUUAGUUGUUGUGGGAAAUGUGGCGAGAGCUUCGAAACUGAAGAACUCCUGGAGAAACAUAUGAAAGACCAUCCAGUUGUUGAGAAUAAUACUUGCCACGAGUGUAACAAGAGGUUCGCGAAUGAGCGCUCGUUCUCCAUACACGUGGAGCGAGUCCACCUCGGGAUCAAGAUGAAGCAGACGCCGAAGCAAGUGACGCGAGAAAGACGCGCCUGCGCAUCUAGGCCGUGCGUUUGCGAGAUAUGUGGCAAGUCGUGCACGAACAACGGGACUCUAGUGGCCCACCAGCGGAUCCAUUCCGGCGAAAAACCUUACCAUUGUAACGAAUGUCCCAAAAAGUUUAGCGUGUACCAGCGGUUACAGAUCCACCUGCGCACGCACACGGGCGAAUGUCCCUACCCAUGCCCGCAAUGCCCGAAAGCGUUCAAACACAAAGCGGCACUAAACAGACACAGUCGAGUCCACAGCGGCGUGAAGCCCUACGUGUGCUCGCACUGCGGGAAAUCGUUUUCCCAGUCCAAUUCGAUGAAAUUGCACGUUAACACCGUGCAUUUGAAAAUGCCGACUCCGUACAGGCGAAGAAAUAGGACAAACCAUACAUUUUGA